AUGAGUUUACUAACCCAGGCUAGGCCUGUACUUACUCAACUAACUCGAUCAUUACUCUUCCAAAAUAUUAUAAGAACUGAUAAACGUGGAUCGCAUAAUUUAUGGUAUCCGGAUGCAAAGUUUAUGCGUGAAUUUAAGAAGGCAGGUGUACAUGGACAAACAUGCAUGGCAGAGCCAUUGGAAUUUGAUAUUGAUAUUGGAAUGGAUAAAGUGGUUGAAGAAGCAAAAUGGAAACCUACCGUAGCUGAUUUACCAGAAAUGCAUGAAAAGCCUUUGAAUUAUUUCUUAAUCAACUUUGGCCCACAGCACCCAGCAGCACACGGAGUUUUACGUCUCAUACUCGAGUUGGAUAGUGAGGUGGUAAUAAAAGCAACGCCACAUAUCGGUCUCUUGCAUCGAGGUACUGAAAAAUUAAUAGAAUACAAGACUUAUACUCAGGCAGUGCCUUAUUUUGACCGAAUGGAUUAUGUAUCGAUGAUGUGCAGUGAAACAGCAUUUGCACUUGCUGUUGAAAAACUCUUGGGAAUCGAUAUUCCUCCAAGAGCAAAAUUCAUAAGAACUCUCAUGAACGAAUUGACACGGAUACAAAAUCAUUUGAUGGGUAUUACAACCCACGCUUUGGAUAUUGGUGCUAUGACUCCAUUGUUCUGGAUGUUCGAAGAACGUGAGAAAAUGUUUGAAUUUACUGAACGUGCUUGUGGAGCUAGAAUGCAUGCAAAUUAUGUGCGUCCAGGAGGUGUUGCAUGGGAUUUACCACUAGGUUGGAUGGAUGAUGUGUAUGAUUGGGCUGUACGAUUUCCACAGAGAUUAGACAUGAUGGAAGAUCUUUUGACGGAUAACCGUAUAUUCUUGGCUCGAACUGUAGAUAUCGGACUGGUAAAAGCGGAAGAUGCUUUGCUUUGGGGGUUUUCUGGAGUCAUGCUUAGAGGAUCCGGAAUUAGAUGGGAUAUCCGAAAAGCACAACCAUAUGAUGCAUAUGAUCAGAUAGAUUUCGAUAUUCCGAUCGGCAUUAAAGGAGACUGCUAUGACAGGUAUUUGGUGAGGAUGGAAGAAAUGCGUGAAAGUAUCAAAAUCAUUUUUGAAUGCUUGAAUAAAAUGCCACAGGGUGAAGUCAAAAUUGAUGACCAUAAAGUAUCACCUCCCAAACGAGCUGAAUUGAAACAAAAUAUGGAGUCUCUGAUACACCAUUUUAAAUAUUAUACUGAAGGAUACCAAGUGCCACCUGGUGCUACUUAUGUUCCAAUUGAAGCCCCUAAAGGGGAAUUUGGUGUUUAUUUGGUAUCUCAGGGUGAAUCAAGACCUUAUCGAUGCUUCGCCCGAUCGCCUGGGUUCCCUCAUCUAGCUGCAAUAAAUGAUAUUUGUUACAUGUCCAUGUUAUCAGACGUUGUUGCUGUUAUUGGAACUUUGGAUCUUGUUUUCGGGGAAAUCGAUCGUUAA